UUCUAGCAAUUUAUAACGAAAAUAAUUUCAGUUAAAAGUUGGGGUCCAUAUCUGGUUCCUUUACAUCAGCUGCCGAGGCAACUACAAGACUACGUCACUACACUGGAAAGUAAUGGUACUCCCAUUUAUUUCUUCUCUCCUGCAGCACCAGGAAACUUUGAAAAUAAACAUCGUCUCUGCAACAUUGCUUUUUCCAUGCUGGAGAAAGAUUUUUUAAAGAAAAACAUUGACAUUCGAGACAUGGUUCGACUGGUGAAGCUGGUUGGAGUAGUUCUUGAAUGGCCUCAGAAAUAUGGUCUUAAGGCCUUCCACAUCAAGCGUCUCGCUCUCAAGUUCUCUGAUCAGUUGAAGCAGAAAUCAAAAUGGGAUGGAUAUAGAUUCCUCCUGGAGCGCCUCCGUAGUGAGCUGCAACAGAACAAGGUCCUCUACGGAUUUUUCAUCCGCAAUCAAGUCAUCUACAAUAAGAAACCAGAUAUUGUUGAAAAGUUCUGCAAAGACAUAAGUGAGGUGUACUUCUGGACCCCGAGCGUGGUAAAAGAUAAAGUACAGCAAUAUAUUGGAUGUUAAAUACCCUCUGGAAGAAGCAAUCAGCCAUUUUGCAGUAUAUAUUAUUAUAUUAGCUUAUAUAUUCAUGUAUUGUCGUCUGUAGGACAGCUCUAAAUUUUUCUGACGUUUAUUUUACAGUUCAAAGCGAGAAUUAUGACUUGAAUUAAACAUUGUAACCUGGUCCAAUAGCAGUGUCUCCUGACACGAACCAUAAUUAAAUAUUGUAACCUGGUUCAACACAGUGUCUCCUGACACGAACCAUAAUUAAAUAUUGUAACCUGGUUCAACAACAGUGUUUCCUGACACGAACCAUAAUUAAAUAUUGUAACGUGGUUCAACAACAGUGUCUCCUGACACGAACCAUAAUUAAAUAUUGUAACCUGGUUCAACAACAGUGUCUCCUGACACGAACCAUAAUUAAAUAUUGUAACCUGGUUCAACAACAGUGUCUCCUGACAUUGUUGUUGAUGAUUAACCACUGUUUAGUGGCUAAUAAUCUCCGGGCCUUCCCUGAUAAUUUUUACAGACCAUUAAAAAAGGAUAGGUUAAACACAGAAGCAACUAAGUACUUUAAAGGUUACUAUCAGAGUUACUGAGGUAGAAUCAUCUCCUGUAACUUGAAAAGUUACUAUCAGAGUUACUGAGGAAGAGUCAUCUCCUGUAACUUGAAAAGUUACUAUCAGAGUUACUGAGGGAGAGUCAUCUCCUGUAACUUGAAAAGUUACUAUCAGAGUUACUGAGGGAGAGUCAUCUCCUGUAACUUAAAAAGUUACUAUCAGAGUUACUGAGGGAGAGUCAUCUCCUGUAACUUGAAAAGUUACUAUCAGAGUUACUGAGGGAGAGUCAUCUCCUGUAACUUGAAAAGUUACUAUCAGAGUUACUGAGGGAGAGUCAUCUCCUGUAACUUAAAAAGUUACUAUCAGAGAUACUGAGGGAGAGUCAUCUCCUGUAACUUGAAAAGUUACUAUCAGAGUUACUGAGGUAGAAUCAUCUCCUGUAACUUGAAAAGUUACUAUCAGAGUUACUGAGGGAGAGUCAUCUCCUGUAACUUGAAAAGUUACUAUCAGAGUUACUGAGGGAGAGUCAUCUCCUGUAACUUGAAAAGUUACUAUCAGAGAUACUGAGGGAGAGUCAUCUCCUGUAACUUGAAAAGUUACUAUCAGAGUUACUGAGGUAGAAUCAUCUCCUGUAACUUGAAAAGUUACUAUCAGAGUUACUGAGGGAGAGUCAUCUCCUGUAACUUGAAAAGUUACUAUCAGAGUUACUGAGAGAGAGUCAUCUCCUGUAACUUUAAAAGUUACUAUCAGAGUUACUGAGGUAGAAUCAUCUCCUGUAACUUGAAAAGUUACUAUCAGAGUUACUGAGGGAGAGUCAUCUCCUGUAACUUGAAAAGUUACUAUCAGAGUUACUGAGGGAGAGUCAUCUCCUGUAACUUGAAAAGUUACUAUCAGAGUUACUGAGGGAGAGUCAUCUCCUGUAACUUGAAAAGUUACUAUCAGAGUUACUGAGGGAGAGUCAUCUCCUGUAACUUGAAAAGUUACUAUCAGAGUUACUGAGAGAGAGUCAUCUCCUGUAACUUGAAAAGUUACUGUCAGAGUUACUGAGGGAGAGUCAUCUCCUGUAACUUGAAAAGUUACUAUCAGAGUUACUGAGAGAGAGUCAUCUCCUGUAACUUUAAAAGUUACUAUCAGAGUUACUGAGGUAGAAUCAUCUCCUGUAACUUGAAAAGUUACUAUCAGAGUUACUGAGGGAGAGUCAUCUCCUGUAACUUGAAAAGUUACUAUCAGAGUUACUGAGGGAGAGUCAUCUCCUGUAACUUGAAAAGUUACUAUCAGAGUUAUUGAGGGAGAGUCAUCUCCUGUAACUUGAAAAGUUACUAUCAGAGUUACUGAGAGAGAGUCAUCUCCUGUAACUUGAAAAGUUACUAUCAGAGUUACUGAGAGAGAGUCAUCAGAUAUUAAACUUUGUAUGCUUAAACAUGUUGCAUAAUAUUGCAUGAUUUGUUCCUUUGAUUGUUAUAAUAUAUUCAUCUGAGUUUCACUAUAAUCGAUAUUCCUGUUUGUUUCAUUAUGUUUUUCUUGAUUAUAAUUGUUAUGUAGGUAUUAGUAGUGCUUAUAUGAUAUACGGUAUUUGUUGUUAAUCACUUGUUUUUUGUUAGAGGCAUAUUAUAUAUGUACAAAUAAUAAUAAAAGUAAC